AUGGAUGUCUGCAGCGCAAUUCAAACAACAUGUUGGAGGUUGCCCGCUUCCAACGCCAGAGCUGCUAGUCCUCUCGCCCUCACCCCAGCCGUCAACCUCAACCUGGCCCAUCUUCUCACCAUCACCGUCGCCCUCGCCCUCGACCCCACCCGUCCUGUCGCCGUCGCCGUUGCCGUCGCCAUCGACCCCGCCCGUCCUCUCGCCCUCGACCCCUCUGCCCGUCCUCUCGCCGUCACCGUCGCCCUUGACCUCGACCUGGCCGCC